GGAACUGCGCUGCAGGCCGUGCUGCUGGUGGGGCUGCUGGCAGGGCUGCGGGGCGCUGAGGUUCGCCUGCUGAGCGCCACGCAGCAUGGGGUUCUGGACCCCUGCCUGCUACUCCCGGUGUCUCUGGGAGAGGAUGGCUGGUUCCAGCGCCUGAAAGGAAAGCGCUUAGAAAUCGCGAAGGCAGCCUAGUGAGCGCGGGACGCGCCCCGCCUGACUCCAGGGAAUGACUCUGCUUCCUUCCUUCCUUCGUGUCAUCAGCCUCGGACUUGGACGCUAGAGGAGCAACUUUUAAGGAACCACAGAAUCUUGGCCAUCCCAGCCUCCUCCCCCAGGUCACCCCUCAGCCACAGCCUCUCUGAAGCAUCUCUUGCUGGUCUGCCGGGGAGGGACACAGAGGCCUUGUUAUAAAGUCAUUUACUUCCAUGAUGCUUCUCGAAGACUUGACUAUGAGGAAGCCAAAGAAGCCUGCAGGAGGGAUGAGGGCCAGCUAGUCAGCAUCGAGUCCGAAGAUGAGCAGAGACUGAUAAAAAUGUUCAUUGAAAACCUCUUGGCAUCAGAUGGUGAUUUCUGGAUUGGGCUCAGAAGGCAUGAAGAGAAACAAAGCAAUAGUACAGCCUGCCAAGACCUUUAUGCUUGGACUGAUGGCAGCACAUCAAAAUUUAGGAACUGGUACGUUGAUGAGCCUUCCUGUGGCAGCGAGGUCUGUGUGGUCAUGUAUCAUCAGCCAUCAGCACCUGCUGGCAUCGGGGGCCCCUACAUGUUCCAGUGGAAUGAUGACCGAUGCAACAUGAAAAACAAUUUCAUUUGCAAAUAUUCUGAUGGUGAGGGAACGGAGGCAGCAACACCUGUACUUCCCAAAGAAACACAGAAAGAAGAUGCCAAAGAAACAUUUAAAGAAAACAAAGGAGCUGCCUUGAAUCUUGCCUACAUCCUAAUCCCCAGUAUUCCUCUCCUCCUCCUCCUUGUGGUCACCACAGUAAUAUGUUGGGUUUGGGUCUGUAGAAAGAGAAGACCAGAGCAGCCAGACCCUAGCACAAAGGAGCAACACACCAUCUGGCCCUCUCCUUACCAAGAAAUCAGCCCAGAUCUAGAAGUUUACAACAUCAUAAGAAAACAAAGUGAAGCUGACUUAGCUGAGCCUCGGCCAGACCUGAAGAAUAUUUCAUUCCGGGUGCAUUCGGAAGAAGCCACUCCCGAGGACAUGUCUUGUGACUAUGAAAACAUGGCUAUGAACCCUUCAGAAAGUGGGUUUGUCACUCUGGCCAGUGUGGAGAGUGGAUUUGUGACCAAUGACAUUUAUGAGUUCUCCCCUGACCACAGGGGAAGGAGCAAGGAAUCUGGAUGGGUGGAAAAUGAAAUAUAUGGUUACUAGGACACUGGGAAAACUGAACUGACAAGAACGGGAAAGACUUGAGAAGCAAAAUUUUCCAACUUUCUAUAAGGAAAUAGAAGGUCUAUGAAAAUGCUCAGAUCAGGUCCUGGGGAUGAGCAUGUGAUCCCCAUUAGCCCCUAUUGGAUCCCUAAGUUCUGCCUAUAUCCCUUAUCACAGCCUCACACUCAGCAAGCUCAGCCUUAUGAGAAACCACCUUGGCCAGGGUCAGGCACAUAGAGUCUCAAUAAAGAUCAGUCAGUUGGCUUCCUCUGACUUUCAAGGGACAGUGCUUUAACUGGCAAGGAUAAGGGUUGUGGCUGUGGAGAUUGGAAAGCCGAUUGAGAUCUAGGUUCUGGUUUUCUUGCUCUGUAGAGCAGUACACAUAAUCACAAAGAGACAGAAACCACAGAAUCUUUUCAAAAUCUUUCUGAUAGCCUCAGGAUGGCCUACACAUCAACAAUUCUCAUAUGUGGGGUUUUAUUUUCUUUUUCAAAGAAUAAAAUCAAGUAAAAAGCAGGAAGUAGAAUGUUAAAAUGUUGGUCUGUAUUUCUAUAGCCCUUUCUUUGUGGCUUCAAGUGACCUUUUUUUUUUUCUCCUUACCUUGGUAAUACUUUUGAAACUAAAAAUGAAAUCUGUGUCUCUUU